UCCCUUUACUGGAUGCCCUUUUUCACAAACAUUAUAAACUCAUACCCAGUAAAUCUUUUUCACAAAAUCGCAAUUUUUUACUUCAUCUACACAUCCCUAUAUAAUUUUAGUUGAUUUCCCACUUCAGAUUCAAGAAAACCAGAAAAAGAAAGAGAGAGACAGAUCUUUCUUUCUAUUUUUGUAGAAUAGAGUCAUUCAUAUACAUACUUGAUUUGUAGAGACAAGAGCUUUGGUGUUGUCUACAAUGGGAAGAACAGUCUUACUGUAUUCAGUUUUUGUUGUUGUGACUUUGUUGAGUGUUUCUCUGGUGAAAGCAGAGGAUGCUUACAGAUACUUCACAUGGACUGUCACUUAUGGAACAGCCUCUCCUAUGGGUGUUCCUCAACAGGUUAUUCUUAUCAAUGGGCAAUUUCCUGGUCCUAGACUUGAUGUUGUCACUAAUGACAACUUGAUCAUCAAUGUCAUUAAUAAGCUGGAUGCCCCCUUUCUCUUGACAUGGAAUGGAAUUAAGCAGAGGAAGAAUUCCUGGCAAGAUGGUGUGUUGGGGACUAAUUGUCCUAUCCUUCCUAACUCAAACUUCACUUACAAGUUCCAAACCAAAGAUCAAAUUGGAACCUACACAUACUUUCCAUCGACUUUCAUGCAUAAAGCUGUUGGAGGGUUUGGAGGGCUAAAUGUAUAUGCCAGAUCUGUGAUCCCUGUACCAUAUCCCACACCUGCUGUGGAUUUUACUUUACUUAUUGGUGAUUGGUACAAGACCAGCCAUAAGGCAUUGCAGCAAUUUUUGGAUUCAGGGAAAUCUCUUCCCUUUCCUGAUGGCAUCCUUAUAAAUGGGAAAACUCAAUCCACCUUUAGUGGUGAUCAAGGAAAAACCUACAUGUUCAGGAUUUCAAAUGUGGGCUUGUCGACCUCCAUUAACUUUAGGAUUCAGGGCCAUACAAUGAAGCUAGUUGAGGUUGAAGGAUCUCACGUUGUUCAGAACACAUAUGAUUCUCUAGAUGUCCAUGUUGGCCAAUCUUUGUCUGUCCUAGUUACCUUGAAUCAGUCUCCAAAGGACUACUACAUUGUUGCGUCUACACGGUUUGCGAAGCAAGUUCUUACAGCUACCUCAGUGCUACACUACACGAAUUCUCAAACCUCAGUUUCUGGACCUGUGCCUGCCAGUCCAGCUGACCAAAUACAGUGGUCUAUGAACCAAGCCAGAUCCCUCAGGUGGAACUUGACAGCAAAUGCAGCGAGGCCCAACCCCCAGGGAUCAUACCAUUAUGGAAAGAUAACAACAACAAAGACAUUUGUGUUUGCUAACUCAGCUCCCCUAAUAAAUGGGAAACAGCGAUACGCUGUUAACAGGGUCUCCUACAUUAAUCCUGAUACUCCUCUAAAGCUCGCCGAUUAUUUCAACAUCCCUGGAGUCUUCAGCCUGGAUUCCAUCCAAAGCGUUCCCUCUGAUGGCCAUGCAUUCCUAGCUACAUCUGUUGUGCCUGUCUCCCUCCACGACUUCAUUGAAGUCGUUUUCCAAAACAACGAAAACGCAAUGCAAUCUUGGCAUCUUGAUGGCUAUGAUUUUUGGGUGGUUGGUUAUGGUUCCGGACAGUGGUCAAGUGCCAGCAGAACGGCUUACAAUCUAGAUGAUGCUCUUACAAGACAUACUGCUCAGGUAUAUCCUAACUCCUGGACGGCCAUAUUAGUCUCAUUGGACAACCAAGGCAUGUGGAAUAUGAGGUCAGCAAUAUGGGAAAGACAGUAUGUUGGGCAGCAAUUCUAUCUGAGAGUAUUCAACCCGAACCACAGCCUUGCUAAUGAAUAUGACAUUCCUCCUAAUGCUCUUCUUUGCGGCAAAGCAGUUGGACGACAUUCUUGAUAAUGAUUUUUUUGUUCGGUAUUCUGUUUUUCGGUCAUGAGAGUUUGACUGAGGAAGGGGGGAGAGGGGAGGAGUUAUUUCUAAAUCUUUUGGUUUCUUAAGUUUUUGUAUAUCGCAGAAACUAUAGGUUAUUAAUCUUUUUUUUUAAUGAAUGAUUAUAUGAUUAGCUUUAUUUA